AUGUACCCUUCCCCCCUCGCCGCCCUCUUCGCCCUCCUCUCAACCCGCGCACUCGCCUCGCCCCUCGCCCCCUCAACGCAGCCCAUAUGCCUAGAAAUCUGCUACCUCCAAAAGCCCGACUGCGCGCGGAAUGGAUUCCCCAUGCAACAAAACGAGUGCUGGACGUGCUGCACACGGGAGCCGCCCAAGCCGGAGCCACCGCUAGCAAUCUGCCUCGCGAUUUGCUACUUUGAGAAGCCGGAGUGUGGGAGGGGGAGUUAUGCCGCAAAGCAGAACGAGUGCUGGACGUGCUGCACGCCGCAGCAGGCCCAAGUACCGCCCACGGACGCGUGA